CAUGAGCGUGGAGUCUGGUCAUCAGCGCCAUCAGAUCAGCGAUACCAGUCUCCCAAGCGGACUCCAGACUUUCCCAAUUUCAGAAUUCGAGUUAGUGAGAUUCAUUUGCUGUCUCUUCUUUUUCGUUUAAUUACGAAACAGAACUAUGAGAUUGGCGUGUUUUGUUCUUCUCGUUUCAUAUUUCGUAUGCAGCUACGUGGUAGCUGAUCAAAUCUACCCAGCUCAUGUAGGUGGUACAUUUGGCCGCAGCUCUCGUGAGCCAAAAUACAAGAUUGAAUUCCAUUCAGAAGACUCCCCAUUUCAUCCUGAUGAUGACCAGGAGUCUGUGGUUAUGCCCAAUAAAAAUGGACAGAAUUUCUUAUGUUACUUGCCUAAGGUGGAGAAAACCAGCAUUGGGAAGCCAGUAGCGCAGCAUAACACAAGCAGCAUGAUUCUAGAAACUGAGAAACGUGUUAAAUUGAAGACACCAGAUGAACUGCUUGAACCAUUGAAGGACCGGUGCUUUAUCAGACAAGAGGGUUGGUGGUCAUAUGAAUUUUGCUACCAGAAAAAGUUACGACAACUGCAUUUGGAAGAUGAAAGGGUGGUUCAGGAAUUUAUUUUGGGUGUGUAUGAUGAAGAGGCAACAGCUGCUUUCAACCAGAAUCUUUCUGACAUUUCCACACUGAAAGACCCUCGCUCCAAAGAUGCAUCGCAAAGGUACCAUGCUCAUCAAUUCACAAAUGGAACAAUCUGUGAUCUCACAAAUCAGCCCCGAGAGACUGAGGUGAGAUUUGUGUGCUCAGAACCUAGAGCUAUGAUUAGUUCUAUUACAGAACUAUCGACAUGCAAGUAUGCACUUACCGUUCAGUGCCCAAUGCUUUGCAAGCACCCUUUGUUCCAAGAAGAGAGACCGGUGUGGCACACCAUUGAUUGUAAUGUGCUUCCAAAGGAUUACAAGGUAACAAAAGUAGGGGAAGACAAAGUGGAACCUGAACAGAUUUUUAUGGUCACUGAUGAUGCUUCUCCAUCAAAUUAUGAGACACAAGAAUAAGCAACUUAUUAUUGACAAAAAAAGGAUUCUGUCCAUAUCAAUUACUUAACAAAGGAAAGGAUUUUACUCAGUGUCUCGCCCUUCACCCACAUAUCAGUGCAGUAGAUAGUUAUUUUCAAAUCUUUACAAAACAAAGUUACUCUUCAUUUUUGAGUAUUUGUGUAGUCAUCUUAGGGAAAUCUCAAAUUUCCAUCUUAUCAAAUAUUACAAUACUACAUAAAUUCUGGGAUUAUAAAUGGUAAAUGUUGAACUUUUUCAGCUUUUUAA